AUGCCUCAGACGCUCCGCGCUCCCGUCACCGCCGCGGCGCGCGCGCGUGCGCCGGAUGCGACACUCCGUAGAUCGCGCGUGACCCCCCUCCGCGCGAACGCUCGCGCGGCGAAGCGACGCGUCCUCGUCAUCUUCGCCGCCGCGUCGUCCGCGCCGAUCGUCGCCGCCGCGUCAGGGGACGCGAAGACGAACGUCCUCGUCGUCGGCGGCGGCGGUCGCGAGCACUCGCUGUGCUGGCGUCUGAGGCAGUCCCCGACGUGCGGAAACCUGUUCUGCACCCCGGGGAACGCCGGGAUCGCGAGCGAGGACGGCGUCGAGGUCGUUCGCGUGAACGAGUCCGAUCACGCCGCGGUCGUGAAGUUCUGCGAGGAGAAGGGCGUCGGCCUGGUCGUCGUCGGCCCGGAGGCGCCGCUCGUGGACGGCCUCGCGGACUCGCUCGCGGCGGCAAAGAUCCCGUGCUUCGGCCCGUCCAAGUCCGCGGCGCGUCUGGAGGGAUCGAAGGGCUUCCUCAAGGACCUCCUCAAGAAGUACGACAUCCCCACGGCGAAGUACGAACGCUUCACGGACCCGGAGAAGGCCAAGGCGUACAUCAAGAGCGAGGGCGCGCCGAUCGUCGUGAAGACGGACGGCCUCGCCGCGGGGAAGGGCGUCAUCGUCGCCAUGGACCUCGACACCGCGCUCGCGGCGGUGGACGACAUGAUGCUCAACGCCGCGUUCGGCGCCGCCGGGGACGAGAUCGUCGUCGAGGAGUUUCUCACCGGCGAGGAGGCGAGCUUCUUCGCGGUCGUCGGCGGCGGCGUCGCGGUCCCGCUCGUGGGCGCGCAGGAUCACAAGCGCGUCGGCGAGGGCGACACCGGGCUGAACACCGGCGGGAUGGGCGCGUACUCUCCCGCGCCCGUGCUCACGCCGGAGAUGGAGGCGAAGGUGAUGAAGACCAUCGUGCAGCCCACCGUGGACGGGAUGGCCGCGGAGGGGUGCCCGUUCACGGGCGUCAUCUUCGCGGGGCUGAUGAUCGAAGGCGACGACGUGAAGCUUCUCGAGCACAACGUGCGGUUCGGCGACCCGGAGUGCCAGUGCCUCAUGGUGCGCAUGAAAUCCGACCUCGUCGAACUGUUAUCGCGCGCGGCGACGGGCGCGUUGGACGGCUCGGAGAAGCUCGAGUGGAGCGACGACGUCGCGAUGAACGUCGUCGUCGCCGCGAACGGGUACCCCGGGUCGUACGCCAAGGGCGAGGUCAUCGAAGGCCUCGACGACGCGGACGCGCUGCCGGGGGUGAAGGUGUUCCACGCCGGCACCGCUUCGAACGCGGACGGGGAGAUCGUCAGCGCGGGCGGGAGGGUGCUCGGCGUCGUCGCCGUCGGGGACGACAUCGCCGAGGCGGCGAAGCGCGCGUACGACGGCGUGGACGCGAUCGUGUGGCCGGGCGGGUUCGUGCGACGGGACAUCGGGUGGCGCGCGAUCGCGCGCGACGAGAAGAAGAAGUGA